AGUCCCCCAAAGACUUUAAUUGUCAGUGGAGCUCAAACAAAAGGUCAUGCUGAUUUUCCUCCAGAAGCUGUGCAGCAUUAUCAUGAGAAACCAGUACCGACUCACGAUGCUCGUCCAGCACACUCCCGACCCAUUGUAAUUCAACAGCCUAGGAAGUAGAUUGUAUGUUGUGCAUACAUUUCAUGCUUCAAAUGGCACAACUUCAGAAUUUUAUCCAACGUUGUCACAAAAGCGCGAAUUCUACAUAUAUUUCAAGAUUUAAAAAUUUUUGUACAUUUAUAUAAGAUUUUGUUAUUUCAAGAUUCUUUAAAAAAAAUCAGUACGAAAUUGCAUUUACAUAGUUAGAUAAGAUUCUCGCAAUAUUAAUAUUUUCAUACAGAAAUAAUUUUUCAUUACGAAAUAUAAAAAAUAAUUAGAUAUGCAUUAGAUAAUUUUAAAUUCACUUCCGUUUAUCUACUUAUUUUUGCUAAAGUCAGUUUAUGUGCUUGCUGUAGUGAUAUUUCUGUUUAAGAUGGAAAGAUGCAUUUAAAAAAAAAUUUUUUGAAGGUACUGUAAAAAGAAGAACUUACAAUCACAAUUAUAAUUAAUGUAUUACAAUACUCCCAGGAGUGGAGUUUUAGCUCUAAAGUGUGAUUUGACACUUAAACAAAAAAAAAAGAGUUCUAAACUCCCGGGAGAUAAAGUCGUACUAUAACGUUUUAUGUAUAAUUAAGGAACUUCAGAAUUAAAAAAGUACAACUUUUCAGGUAAAAAAACGCAAUUUUGUAAAUGAGAAGUAUGCGGAGUACAAUGAAAUACUUUGAAUUAAAUAGUGGAUGUGAUUUCUUUUGCCUGUAAAAAAAUAUAUCACUUUUAUCCCCGAUAAAAUAGAAAAAAGUACUAUUUCUGGCAAAGGGAUGAAAUAAAUA